CUUCUUUUUCAGAUCUCACACUUCUCUUCCGGCCCCGCCUUCUUCAGCUCCUCCCCCCUCCCCCUCUCUCCUCCAUCCCCAUCGCAAGAAGGAAUCAAACCACCUCACCCUCUACUCUUCAUUAUACCUCGGUGCUCGUCUUCCUCUCUCUCUCUCUCUCUCUCUUUCUGCCUCUCUGCCUCUUUCCAUCAAUACCCACACCACACACACAUAAUGAAGUUCUUCCAGGCAUCGCACAAGUUCGACCACUCCUGGUCGCAGGUCACUGCUGCAAACUGGAUGAAGUACCCGAACGAGCAAUGUCCCCACGUCGUCGCCGUCGAUGUCCUCAACCGCCACAUCGACCCCGAGACCGGUGUCCUCCACACCGAGCGCCUCUUGACCUGCAACCAGAACGCACCCGCCCUCGUCCUGAAGUUCCUUGGUGGCUCAACAGUGUCGUACGUCCGCGAGACCAGCGAACUGGACCCACGCACCAAGAAGCUGACCAUGAAGACCGAGAACCUCUCGAUGUGCAACGUCCUCCGGAUCAACGAGACCGUGACCUACACCGUUCAUCCUCAGGAUGCGAACUCAACGCUCUUUCAUCAGGAGGCCCAGAUCGUGGCCGGAUCCGCUCUUUCGAGGUUCUCAUCCUAUGUCGAGGACUUUUGUCUGACGCGCUUCCGGGACAAUGCUGCGGUCGGCAGGGCCGGGUUCGAGAUGGUUCUGGAUAGGUUCAAGGCUGCGAGGCUGGAGGCCGCACAGCAGUUGGAGAAGAUUGAGAAGGCUACGGCUUCGCUUUAAUGAGCUUUCCUUAUCGCCCGC